AGAGCAAGAAGUACAUGCUUCCUUAAGUUUUUUUCUGAAAACUGUGCUGCCUUAAAUAAAAGUGUAAACGAUGCUUCGGGUAAUUGUGGAAUCUGCUGCAAAUAUCCCUAAAAACAAAUUUGGGAAACCAGAUCCGAUUGCAUCAGUUAUUUUUAAAGAUGAAAAAAAGAAAACUAAGACAAUCGACAGUGAACUCAACCCUGUGUGGAAUGAGAUACUUGAAUUUGACUUGAAAGGGAUACCUCUGGAUAUAUCAUCGACCCUGCAGAUUGUUGUGAAAGACUUUGAGACCCUAGGACAAAACAAGUUAAUUGGCACAGCAUCAAUCGCACUCAAGGAACUGGUGGGCACGCAAAGUAGGUCGCUUCCCUACAAGCUUGUUCCCCUGCUAAAUGAAAAGGGGCUGGAAACUGGAGCAACAAUUGAUUUAGUGGUAGGAUAUGAACCACCAGCUGGGCCUCCAAAUCCAAAUGACCCUGGGGGAACAAACAUGCAAAGCACUGAAGAUGGAGAAGAAGAUGGAGGUGAUGAAGAUGCGGCUGAUGGAAAUGUUGGCCUUUCCCAAGGCAGUACAAGUGGCACCCGUGAAGUCCAGCUUGCUCGGCGUAUUACCAAGGGGAAAAAAAAUCGGAGGGCAUUGUCUAAUAAACCUCAAGACUUCCAGAUUCGUGUUAGAGUUAUUGAAGGUCGUCAGUUGUGUGGAAAUAACAUAAAACCAGUAGUGAAAGUACAUGUUUGUGGCCAAACUCACAGAACAAGAAUCAAAAGAGGGAACAAUCCCUAUUUCGAUGAGAUAUUUUUCUACAAUGUCCACAUGACCCCUUCAGAGCUCUUUGAUGAAACAAUAAGUAUUCGGGUAUACGAUUCAUAUUCUUUACGUUCUGACAGUCUAAUGGGGGAAUUUAAGAUUGACAUUGGUUAUGUCUAUGAUGAACCCGGCCAUGCUGUUAUGAGAAAGUGGCUGCUUCUAAAUGACCCUGAAGACACAAAUUCAGGUGCCAAAGGGUACUUGAAGAUCAGCAUGUUUGUUCUUGGAACUGGAGAUGAGCCGCCAGUGGAAAACAGAGAACGGGACAAUGACAACGAUGAUGUAGAAAGUAACCUUUUACUGCCAGCUGGAAUAGCGCUCCGAUGGGUCACUUUCAUUUUAAAGAUCUACAGAGCUGAAGAUAUUCCUCAGAUGGAUGAUGCUUUUGCACAAACUGUGAAGGAAAUAUUUGGAGCAGAUGCAGACAAGAAAAACCUGGUGGAUCCAUUUGUGGAAGUCUGUUUCGCUGGGAAAAAGGUUUGCACAAAUAUUAUUGAAAAAAAUGCCAAUCCAGAAUGGAAUCAACUUAUUAAUCUUCAGAUCAAGUUUCCUUCCAUGUGUGAAAAAAUAAGACUGACAGUGUACGAUUGGGACCGUCUUACAAAAAAUGACACAGUGGGCACAACAUACUUAAGCCUCUCCAGAAUUGCUGCUUCUGGUGGAGAAGUUGAAGAGCUUUCCUCUUCGGGAGCUGGGUCUUCAUCAUAUGAAGUAAACACCGGGGAAACAGAAGUGGGAUUCUUACCCACAUUUGGGCCUUGUUACCUGAACCUUUACGGAAGUCCAAGAGAAUAUACUGGAUUCCCAGACCCAUAUGAUGAGCUAAAUUCUGGAAAGGGAGAAGGUGUAGCCUAUAGAGGCAGAAUCUUAGUUGAACUAUGUACACAGCUUGAUAGUAAAGCCCUUAGUAAGAAGAUUGAAACAAUACCCAGUGAUGACAUAUUGGUUGUUGAGAAAUAUCAGCGCAGAAGAAAGUACAGUCUCAGUGCUGUGUUCCAUUCUGCUACUAUGUUGCAAGACAUUGGCGAGGCUAUCCAGUUUGAAGUUAGCAUUGGGAAUUAUGGCAAUAAAUUUGAUACCACCUGUAAACCGUUGGCCUCAACAACUCAGUACAGUCGUGCUGUUUUUGAUGGAAACUACUAUUACUAUCUGCCAUGGGCAAACACAAAGCCAGUAGUGACACUAACUUCAUUUUGGGAAGAUGUAAGUCAUAGACUGGACCCUUUAAAUAUUAUUCUUGCGAUAGUGGAAAAACUGCAAAUAAACAUAGCAGCCUUAAGAUCAGGAAUACAAGCAAAGAUGUCAGAAGACCAUUUGGCUAAGAUAUGGCUGAAGUUAAUUGAUGAACUUAUGGAGGACUUAAGUAAGGAACUUCCUCCUGAAGGCAAGCAGAAUAUUACCAUCCUUGACACCCAGAUCCGAAAACUGCGGCUCAAAUCAUUUAGGCAAAUCCAGGAGGCAGCAGCAAGGCUGAGGAACGAAGCGACAGAUGUGAAGGCCACCCUGACAGAGAUUGAAGAUUGGUUGGAUAGGCUGAUACAAUUAAGUGAAGAGCCACAAAACAGCAUGCCUGACGUGAUCAUUUGGAUGAUCCGGGGAGAGAAAAGACUCGCUUAUGCACGCAUUCCUGCUCACCAGGUUUUAUAUUCCACUACAAGUUCCGCAGCAUCUGGAAAGUAUUGUGGAAAGAGCCAGACCAUCUUUCUAAAGUACCCACAGGACAAAAACCACGGCACAAAAAUGCCUGCACAGUUGCGAGUUAGCAUUUGGCUGGGAUUGAGUGCAGUUGAGAAGAAGUUUAAUAGCUUUGCAGAAGGAACGUUUAGUGUCUUUGCCGAAAUGUAUGAAAACCAGGCUCUUAUGUUUGGAAAAUGGGGAACUUCAGGACUUGUUGGCCGCCACAAAUUUUCUGAUGUCACAGGAAAAAUCAAGCUGAAAAAGGAAUACUUUCUGCCUCCUCAAGGCUGGGAGUGGGAAGGCGACUGGUUCAUUGAUCCUGAAAGAAGCUUGCUGACAGAAGCAGAUGCUGGCCAUUCUGAGUUUACUGAUGAAGUGUAUCAAAAUGAGAGCCGCUAUCCUGGAGGAGAUUGGAAAGCAGCUGAAGAGAGUUACACGGAUGUGAACGGUGAAAAAACAGCCCCACCAAGUGAGAUAACCUGCCCUCCAGGUUGGAUAUGGGAUGAUGACGCUUGGAUUUAUGAUAUAAAUCGAGCAGUGGAUGAAAAAGGUUGGGAAUAUGGAAUUACCAUUCCUCCUGACAACAAACCAAAGUCAUGGGUAGCAGCAGAAAAAAUGUAUCAUACCCACAGAAGAAGAAGGCUGAUUAAAAAACGCAGAAAAGAUCCAACUCAAACUACAUCACAGCUAAAAGCAGAAUCCACGUUCUAUGAAGAUCAAGAAGGAUGGGAAUUUGCCUCCUUGAUUGGAUGGAAGUUUCACUGGAAGCAGCGCAGUUCUGAUACUUUCCGCCGCAGACGCUGGAGGAGAAAAAUGGCUCCUUCAGACACGCACGGUGCAGCAGCCAUCUUUAAGCUUGAAGGUGCUCUUGGAGCGGAUACAAGCAUUGAUGAGGGAGACAAGACUUCAGAGAAAGCCAAAGAUUCAGCAACACGCGUAUUUGGUGCAAACACUCCGAUAGUCUCUUGCAACUUCAGUAGAGUCUACAGUUACCACCUUCGGUGUUACAUCCAUCAAGCAAGAAAUCUUACAGCUUUGGACAAAGACAGUUUUUCAGAUCCAUAUGCUCACGUUUCAUUUCUCCAUCGAAGUAAAACAACUGAGAUAAUCCAUUCAACACUGAACCCCACUUGGGAUCAAACCCUCAUAUUUGAUGAAAUUGAAAUCUAUGGAGACCCCCAAACGGUAGCACAAAACCCUCCUCAUGUGGUUGUAGAACUCUAUGACAGUGAUCAAGUGGGCAAAGAUGAGUUUCUAGGACGAACCUCUUGCUCUCCUAUGGUGAAACUCAAUCCAGAAGUUGACAUCAGUCCUAAGCUUCUUUGGUAUCCAGUUAUGAAUGCGGGAAAGGCUUGUGGAGAUGUCCUUUUAGCAGCGGAGCUUAUACUGGGGGAAAAGGAUGGGUCCAACCUUCCAAUUCUUCCAUCCCAAAGGGCACCAAACCUUUAUAUGGUACCACAAGGAAUUAGACCUGUAGUUCAACUGACUGCUAUCGAGAUCCUGGCUUGGGGAUUACGCAACAUGAAAAACUACCAAAUGGCUUCUAUUACAUCCCCUAGUCUUAUUGUAGAAUGUGGAGGAGAGAUGGUGGAAUCUGUAGUAAUUAAAAACCUGAAGAAGACACCAAAUUUUCCAGGAUCUGUUCUCUUCAUGAAAGUGCUGCUGCCCAAGGAGGAACUGUACAUGCCAUCCUUAGUUCUUAAAGUGAUCGAUCACAGGCAAUUUGGCCGUAAACCUAUCGUGGGACAAUGUACCAUUGAUUUACUGGAGCAUUUUCGCUGUGAUCCUUAUGCUACUAAAGAAGACAUUGCACCACAGAUGAAAGUUAGUCUCCUGUCCGCUGCUCCUCGUAGAGAUGUGAUCAUUGAUGUGGAAGACACCCAACCCCUUCUUGCAGCACAGCUGACGGAAAAGGAAGAAGAAAUUGUAGACUGGUGGAGCAAAUUUUAUGCUUCGAUAGGAGAUACUGAAAAAUGUGGACAAUACCUUCAGAAAGGAUAUGAAACAUUAAAGGUGUACAACUGUGAACUGGAGAAUGUGCCUGAAUUUAGGCAUCUAACAGACUUUUGUGAUACUUUCAAGCUGCUUCGGGGCAAAUCUGAAGAAAAUGAUGACCCUACAGUUGUAGGGGAAUUUAAGGGUUCCUUUAGAAUCUACCCAUUACCAGAUGAUCCUACUGUACCAUCUCCUCCUAGACAGUUCCGUGAACUUCCAGACAGUGGGCCUCAAGAAUGUGUUUUACGGAUUUAUAUUGCUCGAGGCUUAGAUCUCCAACCUAAAGAUAACAACGGGCUGUGUGAUCCAUACAUUAAAAUCACCGUAGGAAAAAAAGUUAUUGAAGACAGAGAUCAUUAUGUUCCCAACACUCUCAAUCCAAUUUUUGGCAGAAUGUAUGAACUGACCUGCUUCUUGCCUCAAGAGAAGGAUCUGAAAAUUUCUGUGUAUGACUAUGAUUUGCUGACGCGAGAUGAGAAAGUCGGGGAAACCAUCAUUGAUCUGGAGAACAGGUUCCUUUCCCGCUUUGGUGCUCAUUGUGGAAUACCUCAGCAGUACUGCAUUUCAGGGGUAAAUACCUGGAGAGAUCAACUGAAACCGACACAACUCUUGCAAAACACAGCCCGGUUCAAAGGCUACCCUCUGCCAGUCCUGUCUGAAAAUGGAAGGAGAAUUAAUUAUGGAGGGAGAGAUUAUACUUCGGAUGAAUUUGAGGCCAACAAAAAAUUGCACGAACACCUUGGGCCGGGGGAAGAACGACUUGCUCUUCACAUUCUCAGAACUCAGGGCUUGGUGCCUGAACAUGUAGAGACAAGAACCUUGUACAGUACCUUUCAGCCAAACAUCUCACAAGGAAAGCUUCAGAUGUGGGUGGAUGUUUUUCCCAAAAGUUUGGGCCCGCCUGGCCCUCCUUUCAACAUCACUCCUCGCAAAGCUAAGAAAUAUGAACUGCGGGUCGUUAUUUGGAAUACAAAGGAUGUCAUUCUAGAUGAGAAAAGCAUCACAGGGGAAGAAAUGAGUGACAUUUAUGUGAAGGGAUGGAUGCCUGGCUUAGAAGAAAAUAAGCAGAAAACAGAUGUGCAUUAUAGGUCCCUGGAUGGGGAUGGGAAUUUCAACUGGAGAUUUAUUUUUCCUUUUGAUUAUUUUCCAGCCGAGCAGCUCUGUACAGUUUCCAAAAAGGAACAUUUCUGGAGUCUUGACAGGACUGAAUUCAGAAUUCCACCCAAGCUGAUAAUUCAGAUAUGGGACAAUGAUAAGUUUUCCUUGGAUGACUACCUGGGUUUUGUUGAACUUGAUUUACACAAUGCAGUUAUCCCAGCAAAGGUUCCAGAAAAGUGCACAUUAGACAUGAUUCCAGAAUCUAAGCCCAUCAGUUCUCUCAAGACCCUGAAGACUGCUUCCCUUUUUGAACAGAAAUCCAUGAAAGGGUGGUGGCCAUGCUAUCAGGAAAAAGAUGGCUCCCGUGUCUUAGCCGGUAAAAUAGAGAUGACGAUGGAGGUCUUGGGUGAAAAAGACAUUGAUGAACGGCCAGCUGGCAAAGGCAGAGAUGAACCUAAUAUGAACCCUAAGUUAGACCCACCAAAUCGGCCAGAUACUUCCUUCCUUUGGUUCACAAAUCCAUGCAAGACCAUGAAAUUCAUUGUCUGGCGCAGAUUCAAAUGGGUCUUCAUCGGCCUCAUCAUCUUGCUGAUUGUUCUCUUGUUUGUUGCAGUCCUUCUCUAUUCUUUGCCGAAUUACCUGUCAAUGAAGAUUGUGAACCCUAUUUAAAAAAAGUCAAAUUGCAACAUGGCAGUGGCAACUUCAACACGUGGACCAAAUGUAUAUCUAUUAGCCAAAUCUCACUGGUCACCCAUCAUGCCUGUACCUCUAUUCUCUUGUGUUUUUAACCUGGAGGGGAUCAUGUCUAAGAAUGUAACAGUCAUUCGUGAAAUACUGGGUAAUGAAAGGGGGAAGACACUAUGUUCUGUUUCUUCAAGAGUAAGUUGUGUUAUUCUGUUGCAAUAAAGCAAAAAAAAGGGGUUUUGUGGCUUAUAUUAUUCGCUUCAUAUGGACUAAAUUUUUACCGAUUAACAGUGCAAUCCUAUGAAUGGGCCUAAAUGGAAUAACUCUGCAUGGGAUUUCACUGUGGUCUACAAUACCACCAGCAUAUGAAAAUUAUGUCUUCCUUGAUUUUAAAUGUUUUUUCCCAAAAAUGUUUGUUACUUCUCCCUUUAUCUUUAAAGAUCAAGUCUAUUUAAAGUAUUUUUACCAGAUGCACUUUGAAAUUCUGCCUCUUCACAUUGAAAAACCAGAUACUACAUAUAUUUUUGUAAAACAAAAUGUAGUGCAAUAUAAACUGUUAACUAGUGAUGUUCACUUCCAACUUUCUGAGCAAAACAAUGAAAUAAA